AUGCGCAUCAACGCGCCGCCGUCGUUGUCCUCGUGUCCACGUACUUCGCGCGCAGAACAGCCCGCCGCGAGUUCCUCUCGCGUGUUGCGACAUUCGCGCGUCUCGUCCCAAAGUGACGAGCACCGCGACACCAGGAGCGUCGGAAGCGAGUGCACGUACACUUGAAAUGGCGACCGUUCGAACCGGGCCGUCCGAUGAAUGACACGCGCAAAUCACGCCGACGGCCGAACCGUGAGGACUUGUGUCGCGACAACGGAGCGCCGACGGCGUGAGACUCACUCGUGAACGCACGAUUCAGUGCGCACCGCAGUUACGCUUUCGCGCCGGAACAUGGCGCACGUUUUGUGUCGAUUGCUCACUCAUGGGAUCGACAGAAGAGCGCCUUGUUCUCUCUCUCUCUUUCCGGCGGUCUCUCGAGGCCAGACUUGUAAAAAGUAGUGUGAAUUAACGCGUCACACGGCCGAGUCGUUUCUCACGUCGGUCGUUCGAUUCGAAGUGCACGGGUGACGGAGAGAGGGGAAGGGAGGAUUUAGACGCUGUACUGACCGUUCGUCGGUGAUUGUGCUUGGUCGCGAUCUAAUAUAACCUGACGUUGCCUUAAUGUCAAUUGAUGCCGAGGCAAGUAUGGCCGACUUUGCUGAUACGAACUCGCACGAAAUGACAGAGAAUCAUGUUCAGAAGCGGUGCAAUAAUCAGUGGGUGCGAUUGAACGUGGGUGGGACGUAUUUUUUAACGGCAAAGACCACCCUGGCGAGAGAUCCGAACUCGUUCCUCUAUCGGCUGUGCCAGGAAGACUCAGACCUCAUUUCGGACAGGGACGAGACGGGAGCGUACUUGAUAGACCGCGACCCCACGUACUUUAGUCCGGUUUUAAAUUAUUUACGCCAUGGCAAGCUGGUCAUCAACAAGGACCUCACUGAGGAAGGUGUACUGGAGGAAGCAGAGUUUUAUAAUAUCACCGAGCUCAUUCGACUAGUCAAAGAAAGAAUUAUACUGAGGGAUACUCGACCACAAAGAGACUCCAAAAAGCAUGUCUACAGAGUCCUUCAGUGUCACGAGGACGAGUUAACGCAAAUGGUGUCUACAUUGUCGGAUGGAUGGAAGUUUGAACAAUUAAUCAACAUAGGUUCUCAGUAUAACUAUGGUAAUGAUGAUCAUGCUGAAUUUCUGUGCGUCGUGAGCCGAGAAUAUGGAGCUAAUCAGCUCGGCAGUAAGGAGCAGGAGUCCACAGAUCGUGUCAAGGUUUUGCAGCAGAAGGGUUCACGCAUGUAAUGUCUAGAUCCGUCCUUGUUUUCCCUUGCCUCCUUUAGUUUGAUCAACUGCGCUGCGACAAGAUGAAGACUGUUUUCGUUUUUACAUUUAAAACGUUAUUGUAAAACCCGUAUACUUCUCCAUUAUAUUCUCUCUAUUUCUAUCGUAAUGUUUACGUAUAGGGACAUUAUUGUGCAAAGAAUAAACAAAUUUUAUAGAUAUGUAUUUAUUACAUAGCAAGAUUGUACAUGAAGCUUUAAAACCGAAAGUAUCACGUUAUUAUUAAUUUAUUCCUCUUCAUUAUAACAAUGCCCGAAAGAACAAAAGAAAAAGAAUGUUGAUCUCAAAACGGGAAAGGGAUAGUUUAAUAAUUUCGUACAGUUUAUACACAGAUAUAAUCGCUAUAAUACGACAGGCAUAAAGUCAGAAACCUUCCUUUUUCUAUUAAGCACAUCUAUCUGCUUUAAAAGCAGAUGAAAUGCUAUAAUCUGUGCGUGAAAGAGAGAGAGAGAGAGAGAGAGAGUUAAAUAUUACUAAUAACGUUAUUCCGUAAUGGCUGCAGUUAUGUUUUAGCUUUAUUAAAUAUCUUAACGAACAAUGACAUUUGUGGAGGCAAUUGAUUUCAUAAAAAUUUCUACAAUAUACGGUAGCUUUUAUCUUCGGUAGUACGUAGAAUGCGUCACUUUUGUACCAAAUUGUACAAAAAAAAGAAAAAAGAAAGAGUUCUUUUUCCCAUCCGUGUCCUUAUCGUAAGAUGUCUAAAUUACUUACCUUCGCACUGCCGCUACAUAAAGAAAAAAAAACAAAAUAAUAUUUGUAUACCUAACGUGAUAAUUUCCAAAACCCAACACAUAUAUAAACUGAUAACUAUGAAUAUGUAAAGCUGACUUUUUACAUGUACUGUUCAUACGAAAAAUGGAUUUUUUCUAAACGAAGCAAUUUUAUUACACUAUUUAUUAGGAAUACAGAAAUCUGAGAUGCGUGUAGAAAAUGCGGAAAUUUAAAAAUCCGCGAAAAUGCCAUUGCGGAACAGAAUUUUAAGCAGCAUGAGAAACACACGCUCGCGCGCGCGCGCGCGCGCGCACACGCACACACACACACACACACAUGUAUGUAUGUAUGUAUGUAUGUAUAACGUAUAAGAGAUUCCGAAAUAUUCGUCUCAUAUUUCACAAUGCUACACAAAAAAUUGAAAAAAAGACAGAAUGCGAUUUCGUUGUCGCGAAUCAAUGAGGAGAUGAAGAAGACGUGUAAUUAGAGAAAUUCAAAUUAUUUCGUUCGUCACACAGGAUAUUCACGAAUGCAAUAUGAUCCCCUACAUCCGUAGUAACACGCGCGAAUAUUUGUGACGGAUGUAGGACAUCAAUUGUCAAAGGCCUAUUUUAAGAAAGUGUCCUAGACAAUAUAUUCAUAUUUAAUGAUGUUAAGUGGAAAAGCAUUACAUAAUAUUGGCUUGUUAUAGAUGUGCCAUUAGUAUUGUACACACCGCGAAAUUAUUGUCUCACAUAUACGCAAUUCCCUCUGCAGACAUUGACAAAGUAACGAUUUAUAAUGGGUACUAAAUGGUCGAUUACAUUUUUAUACAACAUCAUUGUGUAUAUCAUCGGUAGCUGUGUUAUAUUAUUACCGUUUCGACAUCGUAUAUUUGAACAAUGAGAGCGCGUAGAAAAAAAGACGAUACCACUAAUUGGCUGACAAAAUGGGUCUCAUUUGGCACUGCAGAAUUUUAGAAACUUUAGGACCAAUAUUGUUAAUCCCAUACUAUAUAUAAUGUUGUUUAGGCUAAUGUAAGACAUUAUUUUCUAGCUCAAAUUCACACAUGUAUCCGAUAAUUAAUUUAGUCGGCAUAUUAUUAAUGUUAAUUAUCACUUACUGCAUACAACGGGGGCGGACACACCCCACUUUACUCGUAAAGUUUGUACUUUCAUAUAGAUAGAUCUCUAAAAUGAUAGAUAUAAAUUUACCGGUUAUUCAUGACGUUAAAGAUCAAAGUAGCGUGUACACCUCAUCAAGGACUGAAUGUCGCGAAGGAUAGGAGAAAAAUUAUUAUACAAGAGAUAAGCAAUGUAAAAAGAAAUUAUCGUACUACAUGGCAGUAUCGCAAAUAGCGUACCUUAUUGUUUCACAUGUGUAUUUUAUUUUCAUAAUAUAUUAGUUUUAUUUUCGAUAUUAUUCGCUGUUCUGUAAAAUAUAUUACGCAAGUACACAGAUGCUUUUGAUAAUAUUCAACAUAAAUUCACCGUUUGACUGGCACAGUUUUCAACAUGUAUUAUUAUUUUCGAUGCUAUUCUUAGUAUGAAUACUCUGGUGUGAGAAAGUCUCAGUGUCCAAACAUACAUACUUUUUCAUGUCAUUAUAUGUGUACGCGCAAAUGUAUAAUAAUCAAAAUCUAUUAACAUUUAUUUCACGGAAAUUUAAGGUGCAAAGUGCAAUGAUUCUGGUGUACAUUAAAAGUUAUUAAACACUUUUAGAAAUUUCUCUGCAAUAAUUCUUAUAUAGUAGUGCAAUUUACCAUAAGCGAUGAUUAAGAAAAAUAAAAUAUACAUAACAUGUAAUAUUGUUAAUUAUUUUUUGCCGACGCAGUCAUAUAUAAAUUCCAAAUAAAUUAUAUAAAAAAAAAACUGAAUUUCCAGAUGACUUAUGCAUUAAAUAAAUAAUAAUAAUAAUAGUUAUUUACACAUAUGGCGACUCUAUUAACACUACGUUACUGAUAGGUAAGCUUACAUAAAUUUUAUGAUUAUAGUGUGUGAUUUAUAAAGUGAGAUAAAAUUAAAUGCAAAUUGUUUUUAUUAAUUGUAACUUAUAUGAAGAAUAAAAGAUUUAUUAUAUUAUUAAAGUUACAUGCAACUC